AAUCGACAUAAUGUUAUGUUAAAAUUCCAUUUUUAAUCGAACCUGCAUAUUGAUCGCGUAAUGUUGUUGAUCCCUGGGGGUAGUCGGCGGUGUCAGAGGUGAGAGACCGUGACGCGGUGUCGUUGGAGGUGAAGAACUUUUGGUGCUUUGCGGCGACGUUGGUCCUUGAAUUCCCGGAGGAACGCCUUGAACGUGUCCUCUGAUAUUACCAGAAGCUGGACUGCUGCUUUCUUCUUGUUUAAACGACGAUCUGGAUACGCUGAAGGGAGACUUGAAGGGACCGAAACUAGCUCGUGUUAAUGACGAACGUCGCAGUCACGUCGUGGGUCUGGUUAGUGUUCUUUUGAAUCUUGAGCCACCACCACCAAUGCCACCACCAAUACCGAUAUACCGAGAGUUCAGUUAACGCGCGAGUGGUAAUAUGGAAGUGGGGGGUCACGAUCAUAUAUCAGGAUAUAUCUCAAGUAUAAUUCUGACGAUGCCAGAUGCGAAGGAGACGACGAUCGACCAGCCGAUGCAGGGUCAAACUAUAUGCGAUCUGAUAUUGAUGAAAAUUUUGAAAACACCCCGCAGGCGCCGACCAUAUUCCUAUCCUGCAUAUCCGACUCUAAGAUAACUUUCAUGUUUGAGAUCGGAUGCUAACAGGGUUUGGGCCACUUCGAGAGGUGCUAAAUAAUUACUUUUUAGAAGCGAUGCGUGAACGUGGAUUACAUACCUAUAUAUUCUACAUGGCUAUAGCAUGUACACGUGUAUUCAAUACAUAUGUAUUUCCAUAGUUCGCUUUAUAAGUCUGCAGAGUUUGUUGUUUUUCUCUUUGUAUCACUUCUCCGCAGCGUCGAAUUGAAACGUGAAAUCACUAUGGGAGCAUCUAAAGGUCAAAGGGAAUGUCAUCGCCGUCGGCAUCCGAUAGAAUUCUAGUGAAAAUCCGUAUAAAUGGACAACGUCCCUGACUACAUUCGCACUCAUCGAACCCCAUGGAAAUUUAUUUGGAUUUUACUCACCGCCACAAUUUUCCAAGCGUUUUUGAAAGCUCCGCAUUAUGCAAUUGUGGAUACUGAUCGGCCAAUCUCCUUCUGGCUGCUUGUGCCCAAACCAUAAAAGCGUUCAUGGGUCUUUUUACGUGUGCCGCUCUCUUGUCACCCGAACCCCUGGAAGCAAAUAUACAGGGAUCGCGCGCGAGCGGUUCUGCCGUAUCGCAACGAGCGUGACUUAAGGGGAGUUUCGACGUCGGAGCUUGAAAAUAUGUUUAUAAAAACGUCGUUAUAAAAGUGUUUUCGUCGGCCGGGACGUCUGCGUGAGGAGCAACGGCGGCAGCAGCAGCACCACCAGCAGCAGCAGCAGCUUCAGCAACAGGCGCUUUUUAAAGCUACUCCGAAAGUGAUCCCGACGGUGACGACGUAUUAUACCAACGCUAUAAAGUACCAAUGUCCAAUCGUAUCCUUUAAGGACUUUUGCAACGGCAGCGCUGAUUCCUUCACCACCGUUAACGCCGGCACCGGGAGAAAUAUUAUUAACCGCUGCUGUUGAAGCAUUUGCGAGGAUUUACGCUGCUACCGCCGCUGCUGAUAUCAGCAAUUGAAUUGGCUGCCGCAGCGGUAGAAUCGCCGCACCCACUGACACUCAAAUUGCGAAGAUCUUUAUCGGAGAAUGGGAUUCGUUUCUUCGUUGGAUUUCAACGCAUGCGAAUCACCCGAAUCUCGUCAUACGGACGCCACGUGCUGACUGCAGCUGCAGCAUUGCAGAGUAGUCGAGAUCAGUGAUUUGUUUAGGAUUUUAUCGGGUGUGGAAGAAGAUGAAAAUCUAUAGAGAGCGAUAGCGAGGUUACGAUUGGACACUCUUGCCGGUUACGUCUAGGGCUGGUGGUCGUCGAAGUGCGCACGUCAAACGACCUAUGAACGCCUUUAUGGUAUGGGCACAAGCUGCUAGAAGAAGAUUGGCCGAUCAGUAUCCACAGCUGCAUAACGCAGAGCUCUCUAAAACGCUAGGAAAAUUAUGGCGAAUCCUGAGCGAUGCCGAAAAACAACCGUUCAUAGAAGAAGCUGAGAGACUUCGAAAUGCCCAUAAAAAACAGCAUCCCCAUUACAAGUAUCAGCCCAGACGUCGUCGGCCGAAACCUGAGGAUCAUAACCAGUCGAACAUGGUAGUGACUCACCGAAUAUCAACGUCGGCUACUUCAUCUUCUGGUUACGAAUCGUCGGCAGGCCCGUCAUCGGGAGACCGGGGAUACGGCCGUCUCCUUUACCACGAGACGGAUAAGAAUUACAGCGAGACUGCUGGAACGACUUACUGCGUCGGCGAAUCUCAUCAUCAGGGAAUUUACGGUGAUUCUAUUUUACCGCACGGGUCUGCGAUGUCGGUUAAAUAUCCUCAGCCCGCAGUCGCGGUCGGUGUGGAAUUGCACCAUAAAAUCGGUUCCUUGUACGACAGUCCGUCAGAACAUCAUCAGAAAUUUGAAUUCUCAAAUAAGUCGUCGUCCUUCGUUGACGUUGCCAAAUUCAACAGGCACGACGAUCAGGAGGACGAUGACGACAACGAGGAAGACGUCGGUCAAAAGUACAUCGAAUCUUAUUCGAAUCUAACGAAAAAUUACAACGAAUUAUCCAAGUAUAGUAAUUCAAAUUCAAGUUCUCACGAGCAUUUGAACACCGUUAAAAAUACACCUACCUACGCCUGCGCCCACAAUCACCAUUACCCACCACCCAUCGAAGGGUACGCUCUCCUCCACGGAGAUAUUUCAGAUCGUCAUCAUCAUCAUCAUCAUCAUCACCAUCACCAACCUCAGGGUAUACCAACUGGACAUUCGUUCUAUCCUUACGUUACUGCAGCACCGUCCAUCGCUCAACCGCCAUACUUUAUGCAGGGCCCCAGAUGAGUGGAAUUUGAAUAUCAGAGGUAGGAGAUGGUAAAACUUUGAAAGAAAAUUCUCAACGUAAGAAAAAAUAGCCUUUGAUAGUAUAAGGUGACAGUUCAAAGUAAUCUGUAUCUCUUACCGUUAAAAUGGUAACGUCAGGAGUUCGAGGUCAAAUCGCCGCCACCGACCUGUUUCUUUUUUUGUACUUAUACAAUUCAUCGAGCCCGAGGUGAAGAAGUUUGGAAUUUCAAUGUCAAUCAAAUUAUGUUAAAAAUUUACUCCAAUAGUUUCCCAUGUACGCCAAUAGAGAUAUCAUUCGUGAAUAUUAUGUAUAAUGUAUAUAAUGACGAUGCCAGGGAACAGUUUGAAAGAAAUAUAUCUUGUGUCACCUUGA